GAUUAUGCUCAGGGCUCGAGUUCGGUCGGAGCCGGUAGCCCACCCGCAGGUGAGGGAGGCAGGCCCGGUACCGGUGCCACCCACCGGAUCUAGCAGUAAGAGAAAGAGAAAGUAAAAGUCAGAGGAAGUCUUUUCAUUACUCUGCUCUAGGAUCCCAACGCUCGCUCACCUCCUUUUAACGCAAAUAAAACAAACAACUCGAUUAAAGUCGAUCGUUUAGAUUCUAACCGCGUUCUCGCUGAGGUCAUCUGAGGUCAAGGAGGAGGAAGAAUGUCCCGCGGCUCCAACGCAGGGUUUGACCGACACAUCACGAUCUUCUCACCGGAGGGCCGCCUCUAUCAAGUCGAAUACGCCUUCAAAGCCAUCGCUCAGAGCGGACUGACGUCUGUCGGGAUCAGGGGGUCAGACAGCGUCGUGGUGGUCACGCAGAAGAAAGUACCGGACAAGCUCCUGGACUCGUCCACGGUGACCAACAUGUUCAAGCUGACCCCUCGAAUCGGCUGUGUGAUGACCGGGCAGAGUGACAGCCGAUCGCAGGUCCACCGGGCCCGAGUGGAAGCGGGAGAGUGGAAAUAUAAGUUUGGUUACGACAUCACGGCGGACGUGUUGUGUCGCAGGCUGGCGGAUAUCUCUCAGGUGUACACACAGAAUGCAGAGAUGAGACCGCUGGGCUGCUGUAUGAUCAUGGUGGCCAUCGACCCCCAGCUCGGUCCCGUCCUGUAUAAGUGUGACCCAGCAGGCUACUACUGUGGCUUCAGAGCCACGGCGGUCGGGGCCAAACAGACGGAGGCCAACAGCUACCUAGAGAAGAAGCUGAAGAGGAAACCAGACUUGUCUCACAACAGAGCGGUGCAGCUGGCUGUAUGCUGUCUGUCCUCCGUCCUGUCGUUGGACUUCAGGGCCAGUGAGCUGGAGGUGGGUGUGGUCACCAAAGACAAGCCCAAGUUCAGGACUCUGUCCGAGGCUGAGAUAGAAGCUCACCUGGCUGCUAUCGCGGAGCGGGAGUAGAGCCACACUCACAAAUCUUCUCAGCAUUUCAUCAUGACCCCUUCACCGCUGAUAGAGCGGAGGCUUUAAUCCGAUUGGGUCUAAACAUACAGAUGAUGAUGUUUACGUAUCUUUUUAAAAUCCCUCUUAAACAAACCUUUGCCACACCUGAAUGAACAGCAGUCAUAAUAAAAUUAAGCAAGUUUGAA